UUUUUUUAACAAAUACUCGUACAUAGCUUGCCAAGCAAUCAAAAAUUCAAUUAGUUUUUCAGAGACCAUCAACUAAAACGCAUUGAGGCCAACACUAACGUCGCGAUUUUUUUCCUAUAGACAAAAAUCACAACAAACUAAAAAAGAGCAACAUGAAACUCUAUAUCUUCCUAAGCGUGUGCUUUGCUGCAGCCUUGGCCGAUGUGUCGCAUGUCGUUCAUAAUCAACAUCAUACUACCCCAGAGCCAUCCGGCCCUCCCAAUCCAUAUGUCUUCAGUUAUCAGGCAGGUCGCGCUCCCGGACAUGUCGACCGUCAACAUACCGAGGUCUCCGAUGGUACGGGCGUCGUUCGUGGUGCCUUCUCCUACGUGGAUCCCAAGAAUCAAGUGCGCACUGUGCAAUAUGUGGCCGAUGAGAAUGGCUUCCAUCCUCAGUUGAGCCAUCAGUUGGAGGACAGUGAAGCUGUAAAGGCAGCAAAACAAAAGCAUAUGCAAUUGUACAAUCGCAUUGCCCAAGAGCAUGCCGCUGGAGUGCAUCACCCCGAGGUUCCCCUCACUGGCCCCAAUCAAAGUGAAGCCGUGGUUCGCGCCACCAACAAACAUUUGAGCGCUUUUGAACGCAUUGCCGCCGAACAUGCUGCCAUUGGCGCCCAACAAGAGGCCGAACGUUUGCAAUUGGCCGCUCAAGGUCAUGGCGAUGAAGAAGACGGCCAAUACCAUCCAGAGCGUUAUUAAGUCAAUGCUUGCCAUUGAAGCCAUUCUUUUUUGUAUAAAUAUUUCAUGAGAUCUUUUUUUUUUUUGUUAACUUUUUUAUUGUUAAUAUCCGAAAUGUGAAAAAAAUUAAACCAAAAAUGCUACUUCCGAUAUAGUCAAAUAUUUAUAAAUAAAGGAAAUGUUUUUAAAUUUCA